AUGAAGACAAAAAUAGCAGCAAAAUUUGCUUAUCAUCUAUUUGAUAUAUUUACUACAUUAGGUGCUCCUGCUAUUUUACAAAAAGGAGAAUCAAGAGGGAAACUGGGUACACCAAUAGCUGGUACAGUGGAGAUUAAUCAAUGUACAAGUGAUCGUGAAACAGAAGAUGAAUUUGAUGUUAUUGAUGGAUUGUUAAAUAAGAAAUUGAAUGUUAAUAUUGGAUUAGCAGAUGUUGGUGAAUUGAAUGUGACUGAGAAAUCGACAGAUAAUAUUGAUUUAAACAUUAUUAUACAAGAUGAAAAAAAUUCUGAGUCACGUAUCAAUCGAAUUAAAAGAACUAAUGAUAUUUGUGAAACUGUACAAGAAGGUCAAAAACGACAAGCUCAUGAACUUUUACAGAAUACAACAAAGCCACAAAAGUUAGCUAAUUUGAGUGUUUGUGACAACGUUGUAAUUUGUUCCAGUGCCGCAGAUGUUGAUCGUGGUCCAACCGAUGCACGUAAUGUGCUCGUCGUUUUUGUUGAAAUUAAACAUGAAAAAUUCAAAUUAGGUACAGAACAACGUGUACCUUUUUGUCUACUAUGA